GUUUGCUUGCUAUUUUUUAUUGUAUAUUUUACUAUUUUUCUGCGUAUAUAAGUAUUCAAAAAGGCAUUUAUUAAUGAUAAUUAUUUUCCUAUUUCUGUUUGCUGACAUACUUAGAAACUCGAAACAAAUAUUGACAUUUUCUAAAAAUUACAAACGUUUCCUAAAUAAAAACAGUUUACUAGCUAACGAUGUUUAUCAGUUGCGAAAAGACAUCUCCAGACCUUAAAGCUUAUACUCUGGUUGUGCCAUGCGUAUCAGUAGGGAAUGUUGGCCAACUAGCAGUUGAUUUGAUCAUCUCAACUCUUUGUAUGAAGAAGAUUGGGUAUAUGGAUGAUGAGUCAAUUUUACCACUUGUCGGCAAUGACCCCUUUGCUUCUGGUACCACAGGAAACCUCUGCAACUUGUCUGUUAGCUGUGAAGUGUAUAUGUCAGUGGUCCAUAAAGUAGUGGCUAUUCAACAAAGAGCACCAUUUGUAAAGGGGAAAGCUGGUGCUUUCCGAGAACGUCUUGUGAGAUGGAUUAAAGACCGUGGGUUAAAUCGGGUUGUCAUAGCAACCAGUAGUCAUGCAUACAUGAUGAUGGACAUGCAAAUACAGGGAGGAACACUGCUCCGCUACUUGAUAUCUCCGCAACUGUAUGAGAAAGGUGGUGAAAGCAUAUUGAAGACAUUAAAUUGGCAAGAGAUGGAGAAACAACCUGUUGAUCCACAAGGUGUUAUGGGGAAUACUGACAAAGAGACACAAAUGGAAAUAAAAAUUCCAGGAGGGGGUAUUGGUUUGAAACUCUACAAUGAUUGCUGUAAGGAGAAAAUCCCUACUUUGCUAUGUUCAAAGUUUUGCUCCGAGGGUGACAAUGUGGCGGAUGGAAUAGAUGUCGCCACUUAUAUAAACUCUUGGUUUCAGUGGGUCACUAAAAAGAAGAAAGAAUCUCUAUGGAGGCAACCUUCGUCUUGGAAGUUACAAUUUGGAAGCAAUUAUGAUCAAACGAUAUACCAGUGAUCUAAGAUGACAAUGUACUAUUGAUGUAUAGGCUGUACCAUUUAAGUGGAUUAAGGUGACAUAACCAAUUGACAAUGGGACAUUCACUUUGAAUACAAUAUUGUAGAACUUUCAUUAGAGGAAGAUUACGCUGUGAAUAGUAGUUUGUACAUUGCACUUUCAUUUUUUUAAUUCUCAAUAUUUCAAUGAUAUUGGAGACUUGGAAGUCAUGCACACACUCUACACUCUAGUUAUCCACUCUUUAUCUACCGCAUGUGUGGGACAACGCGACUUGUGUUUAAGGAUGCCAUGCAAUGUUAAGGACAUUGUUACAGUAAAACCUGGAUUGAUGGACAUGUCAUAUAAUGAACAGUUCAGAU